AUUAUGUAUUCUCCAAAACGGGUAAAACUCAAUGUGACCAGUGGAAUGAGAAAACGGCCCGAAACCGGCGAAAAUAACGAUGAUCUUUACCCACCGACGGCUCUUGCUCGCAAUGGGAUUAGUCCGUAUUUUAUCGGAAAACCCCGUCGAAAAAUAGUCGUGGAGACACCUUCGGAUUCAGCUCAGCAGCAGCCUCCAUUCAAAUCUCGUUCUCAACAAAAUGGUCUGGAUGACGAGCUAGACGGGAUAAUAAUUGAUGAAGACGAAGAUAGAACCGUUGAUGUGUCGUUUUCACAAAAACAAGACACCCGGAAGCUCAAAAGUCGACCGUUUCUUGGCGAGAAAAGCAGCUUCAAACUUGGCGAAAUUCCGAAACCAAAGGAGGAAAAACGCCGAGAAGAGCCGUUCACAAUGCGAGGCUUCGAUUUUGGAAGCGACGAUAAAGUGACGAAAAUCAGAGACAAAAUCUGCGAUAUAGUGGAUCCUACAAAUGCUAGAAGAACUGAUCCGAAUUUUAUUCGGCAAAUGCAUGAAAAUACGCUGAAAGGCAUCGAGGUGGCUUCAAAUCCGCACUUUAAGAAGACCAGAGCACCUACGAAAAACCGAGCAGCUAUCCAAAAUACCCUCGGAACCCUCUAUCCAUCAUUUACGACUGCAGCCGGCCAGGAUCCACAGAAUAGCAAGUUCCAAGUGCCUCUGGAUCGUCAAUCCAGUUCCCAAUCGAUUGGAAGCUUGGCAGGGAUACCACCGGCCAGAAGAGCACCGGAUAUCCCGAAACGAUGCUCCAAUCCGCUCAUCAGAAAGGCGAUGGGAAUGGAUACGGAAGGAGGUGGAAAAGAUGAAAAAAUGAGUGGAUUGAGAGCUGAGCCAACGCUAAAGCACUUUGAUGAAAAUAUCAUUUCAUUGAUUGAAUCGGAAAUUAUGUCUGUGAACAAUGAGAUCGGAUGGGCUGAUGUUGCUGGAUUGGAAGGAGCGAAAAAAGCAUUACGGGAGAUUGUUGUACUGCCAUUUAAAAGACCUGACGUCUUCACCGGAAUCCGUGCUCCACCGAAAGGUGUUCUUCUAUUCGGACCACCAGGAACCGGAAAAACAAUGAUCGGGAGAUGUGUCGCUUCCCAGUGCAAAGCCACUUUCUUCAAUAUUUCAGCAUCGUCGUUAACCUCAAAAUGGGUUGGAGAAGGUGAAAAGCUUGUUCGUGCUCUGUUCUCAGUUGCUCGUCUGAAACUUCCGAGUGUUAUCUUCAUCGAUGAGAUCGACUCGUUACUAUCAUCCCGGUCGGAAUCGGAACACGAAUCUUCACGGCGCAUCAAGACAGAGUUCCUGGUACAGUUGGAUGGUGUGAAUACGGCUCCAGAUGAACGGCUUCUUGUAUUGGGUGCCACAAAUCGGCCACAAGAGUUGGAUGAAGCUGCUCGUCGACGCUUCCAGAAGCGACUGUACAUUGCGCUUCCGGAGCCAGAGUCGCGCACACAAAUUGUGCAGAAUCUACUUGUAGGCACGCGUCAUGAUAUCACAAAUCAUAAUUUGGAGCGGAUUAGAGAGCUUACAGACGGCUAUUCUGGAGCUGACAUGAGGCAAUUGUGCACUGAAGCAGCGAUGGGUCCUAUCAGAGACAUUGGAGACGAUAUUGAGACGAUUGAUAAGGAUGAUAUUCGUGCCGUUACUGUAAUGGAUUUCGCCGAAGCAGCUCGUGUCGUUCGGCCAACAGUCGACGAUUCUCAAUUGGAUGCCUACGCGGCUUGGGACAAAAAAUUCGGUUGCCUUCCACCUCCUUCAAUAUCCCGUUGAGACCUUCAGAAUUGAGCUGUCGAAUAUGUGUACUAUAAUUCCAUCCACUUCUUCUAUUUAUUUAUUUUUAUUUUCAUUGAAAUCUUCUCCUGUAUUAUGCAUUCCAUCUCUUUUCUAUAUUAUGAUCUCAAAACGAUCCGUAUUUCAUUGUUUUUUUUUAUAUUUUUUCUGAAAAUUAUUAUAUAUUUUCAAUUUU